AUGUUAAGAAAAUUUGUUUUGUGUUGCGUUUUCCUGCAAUUUCGCUGCAGUUUGGCUGCAAUUUUCAUCUUAAAAGCGGAAACUUCUGGCAAUCUCACAAUCCCUAAAUACAUCAGCUUUUUCGUCAAUGAGAACAACAAACAAGAUCAAACUCACAAUUACGACGUGGUUUUAAUUCGAUUGGAACUUCAACAUCAAAACGAGACCUUUGAAAACAUUCGCGAAGAGUUGCUGAAAGUUAAUCGCGACAAUCCGAUUCUCACUUUUGAUUUGUUUGAUGAAAGUCAACCGAAGGUUCAAUUUCCUCAGAUUUACGCUGCAUCUUUCAUUAUAAUUGUCACUGACCUGACCGAUUCCGCUCCAUUGAGAAGUAAAUUAUUUGACAUUCUUGAAAAGAUCACCUGGCAAGUUUCUAUUAAGUUUGUCAUUAUCACUCCAAAGAUGAGCCCCAAAUUACUAAACGAAUUUGUCGGGGCUUUAAAUUAUUUUGGAUUUAUUAAUCACUUAAUUUUGGGAAUUUCUGAAACAGUGAAUGCCUAUUCAUCCAACAUGUUCACGAGCGCAAUUUACUGGAUUGCUGAUGAAGACAUCAAGAAUUUUUCAGUUGUUUUCCCUGAUAAAUUGAAGAAUUUUCAGAGUUAUCAAUUUCCAAUGCUAUUCGUAAAAGAAUAUUCGAGGUGCAUGAUUAGAGGUAGAAAAAUUGAUGGAAUCAACUUCAGAGUUAUGAAAAUGAUAUUGAAGAAGUACAAUGGAACCGCGAAAAUCACUACAAUACUUGACCCUGCGGAUCCUCAAGCUUCGCUCAAAGUUCAAAAGUACUUUUAUGGAACUAACAAUGCGGCAUUUUCCCUUUCGACAGUCAUGGGAUUGCAACAGUGGAGAAAGUGGAUUUACACUUAUGACGAGAACGGAUAUUGUGCGUUAAUCCCAAAGCCACCAAGAUUGACAUUUCUGCACUUCAUUUUGACGCCAUUCGAUGGACUUUCAUGGACAUUUAUGAUCAUUUCAAUUGUCGUUUGCAGCAUAUUCUGGAAACUUCUUACUCGUUCUUACAACUCUUUAAGAAGCAACUCGCCAUUCUUCUUCAUCUUCGGGGUGAUUGCAAACUUCUUGGGACAAUCGAUUCCAUUCAGAAAUUCUCGACGAAUUCAAAAGCUUUUGCUUCAACUUUGUGUUCUUAUGACGUUCAUUAUGGGAAAUGCUUAUCAGUCUCUGAUCAUUGCUUCGAUGUCCACUUCUCGUGAUGGUCGAAGAUUCAACACUUGGCAGGAAAUGUUCAACAGCAAUUUGAGUUUCGAAUCUGGUGAAAUAUUUUACAAUAUUAUGAACAGAUCUGGCGACUUUCCUGAUGUUGUCAGACGUAUAAAUGUUUCAAGGAAAAUUAAUUUUGAAAGAAUUUCUUUGAAAAAUGUUGUGGGUGUUAGUCGCUGUUAUGAUCUUCAAGCAGUGGUUAAUUACAAGAAAGAUGUCGAUGUCAUGGAACAUUUCUAUUUAUUGCCCGAAAAGUUCAUGCCCUUCAUUGAAAAAUUCCCUCUGAGUCCAUCAAGUCCAGUUGUAGAAACUUUUCAAAGAAACUUCGAUUACAUUUUUGAGUCAGGAAUUCGUCAAUAUUUGAAUCGACAGUUCCAAAAUUCAUUCAAAAGAAAUGUCGAUGACAUAACAAAAUUUAUCAUAAAUGAAGAUUAUUUGUUGACUAUGAACGAUGUUUACGGAAUUUUCUUAAUUUUGGUGGGUGGUUAUGUUGUCAGUUUCUUUGUUUUUAUUUGUGAAUUGAUUUGGAGACAUCGGAAGAAGAUCACGAACUUGAAAAUUAAAACAAAAAAUCGAAAACUUAAAAUUGAAAGGAAACAUCAGUAA